UCACAACCUCGCCUCACAUCAACUCUCCUCUCGCUUCUCUCUGUCUCUCUCCUUAUUCCUCUCCUCUCUCUCCUCGGACAGGCAGAGCUUCGGGUCGUCUCGCCCUUCUGCCCUUCUGCCCUCCUCGCAUCCGAGACCUGCAUUCUGCCGUCGUACCUCAGAGUGGGCAAUCGGACAUCCUAUCAGAGUAUCAUUUUCUGCACACUCGCCUCUCGACCGUCCCCCGUGCCGCUUCCGUUGAUACGCCGAGACGCCAAUGAAAGCGAAGCCGAGGUAGACUCGCCUACGCUGUCACACCACGUCGGAAAUGGAGCCCGUUCCCGAGACCGAGAGGAUGGAGGAAUUUCGGUCCUCGCCUCUGCCUAGGUUGCGUCUGCAACAACCACCCGCGAUCGGUACCAGCGACCUGGACUUCGACCGUAAACCCUCCGCCCUACGCCGAUCGACCGAGCCUCCUAUGCCGAGUUCGCCGUCCUGGACCACCGCGCCGUCUCUCCCACCUCUCCCGUAUCGUCCUCGGACUACGUCGCCCCUGUCGGGUGCCCACACUCGAUCUAAGUCGGUCGCCAGUCUCGCACCACCGAACAUCGGUCGUACACGGUCCAUGCCAGGUGUCGAUGGUUCAGGCCGUAUAAUUUACGCGCCGCUACUUCGUCCGGUUAGCCCGGCCAGCCCUUCGGGCUCUCCCAGCCGGAACCGAGUGCCGCGAAAGCUAACUGAUGACGCGUACCCUCCAACCUCGCCGGUGCGAAGUUCGGUUUUGGAUGGACCUGGUGAGCUCGGAAGCCCCCCCAGCCCCGUUAUAGGGGCUUUCAACAACCAGACCCAUCGACGGACCUCUUCUCCUUUCCGAAUUACAGGGUACCCGACGUCAAGCGCUGCUUCUUCCGUGCCCGGAACUCCACCGGCUACAGCUACCUCGCCUUCAUACCGGUUCGAGGGCAUAUCAGCUAGUUCCACUUUUCCUUCCUACUAUCUGCCGUCGUCCAUCCCAUCGACGCCGACCUCGAUGAGAUCUCGCAGCCCUAGCAUCUCCAGCCUUGAGACCAUCCCAGAUUCUCCCGACGCUGAGGAAGAGGCUUUGGAGGCCGAGAGGAUCGCCCAGCUGAAGGCCGCGGCCGAUGCCGUCGACGGCGCGGAUUCGGGGGAGUCCAAGGGUCGCAGCGGUUUGGACGCGCCCAUCCGCGGAAGGACUCUGGGUAUUGUGUCGAGGGACAAGCGCAAGCGUUGGAGUGUUUGCGGCGCGGAGCGGCGCGGCGAUCUCGACCUGGAAACGAUAUGGGAAGAUUGAUGGAAGGUCGACAGACCCUCUGGGACAGGAAAGAGUGU